AUGGAGGUCGCCUCAUCAGGCGUGCCAAAUGGCGUUUCAGCGCCAGAGACGACGGCUCUGGUCGACUCCGAUGCUGUCAUUCAGUACUUGACGGAGGUGCUCCAGGUAAUGCUGGGUGCCCAAAGGUCCGAGCUGGAAAGCGAUGGGAGCUUACUUUCUGAAUCAAAAUACAACGAGACUCUGCAACGGUGUACGCGAUUCGCCUCCGAGUCGCAAGUCGCGCUCUACGUGCAGAAGGAUAUUGUGGCUGCGGAAGAACCCAACGGUGAAACACAAGGCCAAGAAGCGGUAGUGCAACAUGCUUACAACCUUUGCGCUGACAUCUCGUCUGCUCCCACCACGGUGGCCUCGGUAGCCAUCAUCAAACGACCUGUUCCAAUCGACCCGACUCUACCGAUGGCGUCGCAAGUCCAAGUCAUGAAUCUCCCGGGCCCGGCUUCUCUCAAUAAUACCCCCACUCAGCAGGGGAAUUCUAUGCACUACCAGAUCCUACACCUGCUGUUACAUCAUGGCCUUAGUCCUUACUUUGAAGCCCAUACCCGCACUCAGGACACGGCCGUCGGCACGAAAUCGAAAACGGACACGGAGGCUAAGACUGGUAUUCCCGGCACCAGGAAGAAGAUGGCGGACCUUGAGUUGGGAUUGAUGCACCUCCAGCAGAAUGUGGAGAUCCCGGCUUUGAAUCUCCCUCUUCACGAGGUGGUACAGGCCGCGCUGAAGGACGCCGAAACACGUGGUAUCAAAGCCUCAGUUGAAUUGAUUCCGUCCACCGUCCUCGAGAGCAGCGCUUUCACGAACAGUAUCCAAAACGUUGUGAACGGUUGGAUUCGGUCGAUCCAGACAAUCACGAAGAUGUCCCGUGACCCGGACAGCGAAUCUGCAUCACCGGAGGUGAAUUUCUGGCUGUCGAUGGAAUCUGCUCUAGAGGGAAUUGAUGCCCAGUUGCAAAGUGAAGGUGUCAGGCUGACAAUGGACAUUCUUCGUCACGCUAAGCGUUACCAACCGACUCUUAGUUUCGUGGCGGAUACUGGACUGAAAGAUGCCACCGAACUGGUCCAGAAAUACAACCAGCUUAUGCGAGACUUCCCUCUAGAUGAGCUGUUGUCUGCUACCUCCCUCCAAAAGGUUCAAGACUCUCUGAACCUCAUUUUCAACCACCUGAAUAAGAAGUUGAAAAUCUGCCCUUAUCCCAUCAAGCGCGCUCUUUCACUUGUCGAGGCUAUCUCUGGUGAUCUUGACAAGAAAAUUCAUGAGCUCAUUGCUGGACGCGCUAUAUUGCACUUGGAUUACCGCGAGUUUAGGUCACUGAUGAAGAUCACGCAAGCAAUCUGGCGUACUUGGGACGAAAACCUGAAGGAAUUUACUAAUGUUGCGCGUGAGUCAACAAGGCGUCGUAACGAGAAGUUCAUUCCAAUCAAGAUCAAUGCCAGGCACGACAAGACUCGGGAGCGUGUGAAGUAUGUGGACACAUUCAGAAUCAAUCACGAGCAGCUCCAGAAAACCAUUAUCAAUGUACUUGGACCCAACAGUUCUUCAUCUGCGGAGACGGGCGCUGGCGUUGACGCCGAUGGUGCUGUAAUUGUCGAGGAAAUCGGUGAUGUUGAUGCUGUGGAGGAAGUUGCGCAUGCUUACGCCGCGCUGAAGAACGUCGACGUCCUGGACGUUUCCCCAGAGGGGUCCCUUACCUGGGAGCAAGCUGAGAUUGCUUACAGCGAGCGUACUUCCCGUGUUGAGAAUUCUAUCAUUGCCCGUCUACGUGACCGUUUAGCGACAGCUAAAAACGCUAAUGAGAUGUUCCGUGUGUUCUCAAAAUUCAACGCUCUUCUUGUCCGCCCCAAGAUCCGUGGUGCGAUUGGCGAGUAUCAAACUCAACUCAUUGACAAUGUGAAGCGCGACAUCAGCUCUUUGCACGAACGCUUCAAACAGCAGUAUGGCAAUUCUGAGGCUCAUGCCAUGGCCCAAUUGCGUGACCUGCCACCUGUAUCAGGUGCUAUCAUCUGGACUCGUCAGAUCGAGCACCAACUUGAUGGUUACAUGCGAAAGGUUGAGAAUGUUCUCGGUGAAAACUGGCAUUUGCACGCUGAGGGACAGAAGCUGCAGGCUGAAGGAAAUUUGUUCCGCAAGAAGCUUGACACUCGACCUGUUUUCGAAUCCUGGCUUUGGGAUGUUCAGCGACGCCACAUCACAAUCGCCGGACGGUUGUUCAACGUCGUGCGCAAUCGCUCAGCUGGAAACACAUUGGAGCUAGCAGUCAACUUUGACGCCCAAAUAAUCGCUCUCUUCAAGGAGGUCCGCAAUCUUAUCUGGCUCAACUUCCAGGUUCCGCACGCAGUCAGCAACAUCUCCAAGGAGGCCAAACGAGUCUAUCCCUACGCCAUCAGCCUGAUGGAGAGUGUUCGCACUAUGUUACAGACGAGCCGUCAGAUUGCGUCCAUGGCAGAUGCCAACAUGCUGCUCAAUGGUUACAUGAACGAUGUACAGAUUAUGGUUGCUAAAGGCAUUCCUCUCCGAUGGGAAUCCUUCGUUCAUUCCUAUGAGCUACAUGUCAAGCAAUCGGCAUUGGCGAACGGAGCCAUUGAGUCAUCCUUGCCUGGUCGGUCUGAAAGUAAGCAUGUGCAAUUUGUCCGCGAAUUUGCAUUCUCUGCAUCUACGCUCCAGAGUAAAACCACUGUCCUUGAUUCUAUCAACGAAAAUAUCCAGAAGUCCAUCCACGAACUGAAGACCUGCCCAUACGAUGCAUCCGCAUUUAAGCAACGCUUGGACAGCAUCCAGGUUGCCGUCGAUAAACUUAACCUCGAGAACUACGUCAAUUUGGGAUAUUGGGUCGCUCAGCUUAACACAACAAUCCAGACGAUUCUCCGCGAUCGACUCCAUCGUGCCGUUCGAGAGUGGAUCGCAGUCUUUCAAGAUUCAACUAACGAAAACACCACCACAUCUCACUACGGCGCAGCUGAGGCGGAAGCCUUGAACUACAGAAUUCAGUUCCCAGAACUUCUCCACGAAAUUUUGAUGAAGAAUCAAGUUCUGCACUUGGACCCCCCCUUGCAAUUCGCGCGUGCGAGUUGGUUCUCUCAUUUCGAUACUUGGCUUGGUGUGAUCUGUAACCUUGAAAAAAUCAAGCCAUCGCGUUACCAGAUCUCCAUCGGUGUUCAAAAUGUUCGCCAGUCUGAAGUUUGUUUCUCUGAUCUCCCGCAACAUUGUACGGAUGAGCUUAAUGAGGUCUACAAUGUUGUUGAAUCAAGACUGAAAGGGGUUUCGGAGUAUGUCGACAAGUGGCUGCAGUUCCAAUCGCUUUGGGACCUGCGGUCUGAGCAAGUCUACGACAUCUUAGGCGAUGACCUUUCUCAAUGGCUUCAGCUUCUCCAAGAGAUUAGGAAAAGUCGGGCUACAUUCGACACUUCUGAAGUCAGCCGCGGGUUUGGCAACAUCAGAAUUGAUUACGAGCAAGUUCAAACCAAGGUCAAUGCCAAGUACGACCAGUGGCAGCAUGAAAUCCUCGUGAAAUUCGGCUCUAAGCUUGGUGGACGCAUGAGAGAGGUUCAUUCGGAAAUCGCUGCUGCUCGCCGCGACCUGGAAGGUCAGACCUUGGAAGCGUCUUCUACUGCUCAUGCCGUAUCUUUCAUCACCAUCGUCCAGCAGUGCAAACGAAAGACUCGAGUCUGGGAACCCGAGGUUGACCUUUUCCGCCAAGGACAAACUACCCUGGCUCGCCAGCGCUACCAGUUCCCCUAUGACUGGCUCCACGUUGAAAAUGUUGAUGGCGAAUGGACCGCUCUCAACGAACUCCUUAGCCGCAAGAGCAAAAUUGUCCACGAACAGACUGAAGGCUUGCGCGCGAAGAUCACUGCAGAGGACCGAGUCAUCGCUGACAAGAUCGCGGAGGUCAUUGUUCAGUGGAACGAUGAGAAGCCUGUCUCUGGUACCAUUCCACCGGAGGAAGCCUCUCGUACUCUCAGCUCAUUCCAGUCUCGCCUCGAGUCUCUUCAGUCCGAGUUUGAAAUGGUUUCUAAGGCUAAAGAAGCGCUUGAUCUCACCGCAAGUGCCGAAUCCUCGCUUCCUCCCAUUCUUGAAGAAGUCCAGGACUUCAUGUCAGUCUGGGCUGCUCUUGCGACUAUUUGGAACAGUCUCAAUGAUCUCCGCGAUGGUCUUUGGACCAGCGUACAGCCCAGAAAACUCCGACAGGCUCUUGACAAUUUGAUCAAGAUGACCAAGGAGAUGCCCAGUCGAAUGAGACAAUAUGCUGCCUUUGAGCAUAUUCAAAAUGUCCUUCGCCAGUUGCUGAAGGUCAACACCCUUCUCUCGGAUAUGAAGUCUGAAGCCGUGAAGGAGCGACAUUGGCAUAAGAUAUACAAGAGUCUUAAACCCGACAAGCGGUUCUCCUUGGUGUCUUUGACUCUUGGUGAUGUUUGGGACUUGCAACUCGCAUCAAGUGAUGCUAUCAUUCGCGCCAUUAUCGCACAGGCUCAGGGCGAAAUGGCACUGGAAGAGUUCCUGAAAUCUGUCCGCGAGACUUGGCAAAACUACUCUCUUGAUUUGGUGCACUAUCAGAACAAAUGUCGCCUCAUCAAGGGCUUCGACGACUUAUUUGCCAAGUGCAGCGAGAACUUGAACUCACUUCAGGCCAUGAGACAUUCCCCUUAUUACAAGGAGUUCGAAGAGGAAGCCACAGCCUGGGAAGAUAAGCUGAACCGUGUUCAUGUCCUGUUCGACGUUUGGAUUGAUGUUCAGCGUCAAUGGGUAUACCUGGAAGGCGUUUUCACCGGAAAUGCCGAUAUCAAGCAUCUGCUUCCUUUGGAAUCAGGCCGUUUCCAGAACAUCAACUCUGAAUUCUUUGCUGUGAUGAAGAAGGUGUACAAAUCCCCAUUCGUUCUGGAUGUACUCGCUAUUGUUGAUGUCCAAAAGUCCCUGGAAAGAUUGGCCGAUUUGCUGAACAAGAUCCAAAAGGCUCUUGGUGAAUACCUGGAGCGGGAGCGUGUCUCGUUCCCUCGAUUCUAUUUCGUUGGUGACGAGGACCUGUUGGAGAUCAUCGGUAACAGCAAUGACAUCUUCCGUGUCGCCAAGCAUUUCAAGAAGAUGUUUGCCGGUAUGUCAGGACUCGUUAUGGAUGAUGAUAACAACAUUGUUGCCUUUACGUCGAAGGAAGGGGAGGAAGUCCGUCUGAAAAAGGAGGUCAACCUUCUCAAGACCCCUCGAAUCAACGACUGGCUUUCGGCCCUAGAAAACAACAUGAAGUUGACUUUAGCGGAGCUUCUUGGUGAAGCCGUUGAGCAGUUCGACACCCUAUACAACGCAACUGAUGUUGAUCGAACCGCCUUCAACGAUUUCCUCGCAAAUUACCCUGCCCAGAUCGUUGUCCUUGCUAGCCAGGUUGUCUGGACCAAUUCAGUACAAAAGUCCCUGGAGGAAGGCGGAGACAGUCUCCCUGCAUUGCAUGGGGCUGAAGUUCGGAUUCUGGAGCUUCUCGCUGCCACGGUUCUUGGCGAGCUCGACCCCAUUACCCGCAAGAAGUGCGAGCAUAUGAUCACAGAAUUUGUUCACCAGAGAGAUUGCAUCUCCAAGUUGAUCAGUCUGAACGCUACCUCGCCUACGCACUAUCAUUGGUUGCUUCAGAUGCGUUAUGUCUACGAGACAGAGGGCGACUUCUUGCAGCGUCUCUAUGUUCACAUGGCAAACGCCAAGCUCAAUUACGGAUUUGAGUACUUGGGUGUCCCUGAGCGUCUUGUUCGCACACCACUUACUGAUCGUUGUUUCCUUACCCUCACCCAAGCUCUCUGCCAACGGCUGGGUGGUUCUCCUUACGGUCCUGCGGGUACUGGUAAGACCGAAUCUGUCAAGGCAUUGGGUCUACAACUUGGUCGCUUCACUCUUGUGUUCUGUUGUGACGAUACGUUCGAUUUCCAAGCGAUGGGUCGUAUCUUCCUUGGUAUUUGCCAGGUGGGUGCCUGGGGUUGUUUCGAUGAGUUCAAUCGUCUGGAAGAGCGCAUCUUGUCUGCUGUUUCCCAGCAAAUUCAGAACAUUCAGAUUGGUCUGAAGAACAGCAGUGAUGGUGACAAAUCCCAAAUUGACCUUGUCGGCAGACGACUUGCUGUCAACGCCAACACUGGAAUCUUCAUCACCAUGAACCCUGGUUAUGCAGGCCGUUCCAACCUGCCGGACAACUUAAAGAAGUUGUUCCGUAGUGUUGCUAUGUCCAAGCCAGACAAGGAGCUCAUUGCUGAAGUCAUGCUCUUUUCGCAGGGCUUCAAGCAGGCCAAACCUCUUUCUAAGCAGACCGUUCCCUUUUUCGACCACUGUGCCUCUCGAUUGUCCAAACAAGCCCACUAUGACUUCGGUCUACGUGCGUUGAAGAGUGUUCUCGUCAGCUCAGGUGGCCUCAAGCGUACUCGUCUUGCGAACUCUGAGGGGGACCUUGGGCCUGAUGAAAUCAUUGAGCCCCAAAUCAUUGUCCAGAGUCUGCGGGAAACAAUCGCACCCAAGCUUGUCCGCGAAGAUGUUGAAAUCAUGCUUGACAUUCAAGUGGAAGACUUCCCGGGUGUUGACUACGUGCCCGCCAACUUCGAAGCACUGACUCAGGCAAUUCGCGAUAUCGCUACCAAGGAGCAACAUCUUGUAGACAGUGAGAUGUGGAUCAACAAGGCACUCCAGCUCUAUCAGAUUCAAAGCAUCCACCAUGGUGUGAUGAUGGUUGGAAAGUCUGGAGCUGGUAAAUCUGCAGCCUGGAAGAUUCUUCUACAGGCAAUGCAACGCGUUGAAGGUGUUGAGGGUGUCUCUCACAUUAUCGACUCCAAGGUCAUGUCGAAAGAGGCACUUUACGGUAACCUUGACAGCACCACCCGCGAAUGGACCGACGGUCUCUUCACCGGAAUUCUGAGGAAGAUCGUGGAUAACCUCAGAGGCGAGGAUGGCAAGCGUCAUUGGAUUGUCUUUGAUGGAGACGUGGAUCCCGAAUGGGUUGAAAACCUGAACAGUGUUUUGGAUGACAACAAACUCCUCACUCUUCCCAAUGGAGAGCGUCUCAACCUACCUCCAAACGUGCGCAUCAUGUUUGAGGUUGAAAGUUUAAAGUACGCUACGCUCGCCACAGUCAGUCGUUGUGGCAUGGUAUGGUUCAACGCCGACACUGUCACCCCAACCAUGAUGAUUUCCAACUAUGUCGAAAGCCUCAGAACCAAGGUAUUCGAGGACUUGGAUGAGGACAGUGCGCCCGUGGGAACCGGGGUAAUCAGGGCGCAGGAUGCCCAAGAUACUGUUGCAACUAUCCUCAAGCAGUUCUUGGAGGUUGACGAUCUCGUUCUCAAGGCCCUGGGUGAAGCCAAGAAAUAUAACCACAUCAUGGAAUUCACCGACAUUCGCGCCCUCAACACCCUCUUCAGCUUGUUGAACAAGGCCUGCCGCAAUGUUCUCGAAUACAAUGCCCAGCAUCCGGACUUCCCUCUUGACCCUGAACAAAUUGAGUCGUACAUGUCCAAAAAGCUUCUUCUGACCUUGGUCUGGUCUUUGACUGGUGAUUGUCCGCUCAAUGACCGCAAGGCAUUUGGACAAUACGUUACUGGAAUGUCUACAAUUGAUCUGCCGCCAGAUGGUGACUCCUCCCUCAUCGAUUACGAUGUCACUUUGCCUAAAUCUGAAUGGACCAGCUGGCAGUCCCAGGUUCCCACAAUUGAUAUCAACACCCAUUCCGUUACUCAAACAGACGUGAUCAUCCCCACAGUUGACACUGUUCGCCACGAGGAUGUGCUGUACUCUUGGCUCGCUGAGCACAAGCCCUUGCUGCUUUGCGGUCCUCCUGGAUCUGGUAAGACCAUGACUUUGUUUGCUGCGCUCAGAAAACUUCCCAAUAUGGAGGUUGUUGGCCUCAAUUUCUCGAGUGCUACCACCCCUGAUCUGUUGAUCAAGACCUUCGAACAAUACUGCGAGUACAAGAAGACUCUCAAUGGUGUGGUGAUGUCUCCGAACCAGAUUGGCCGCUGGCUUGUUAUUUUCUGUGAUGAAAUCAACCUUCCUGCCCCUGAUAAAUACGGCACCCAACGUGCUAUUUCUUUCUUGCGACAGCUUGUUGAACAAAAUGGCUUUUGGAGAACUACAGAUAAGACGUGGGUUACUCUGGAUCGCAUUCAGUUUGUUGGGGCUUGCAACCCUCCUACGGAUGCCGGUCGUACACCCAUGGCCGAAAGAUUCCUGCGUCAUGCGCCCCUUGUCAUGGUGGACUAUCCUGGAGAGAUCUCUCUCAACCAAAUCUAUGGCACGUUCAAUUCGGCUGUUCUCAAAAUCCUUCCCUUGUUGCGCGGAUAUUCCGACGCUCUCACCAAGGCUAUGGUGCAGUUCUAUCUUGAAUCCCAAGCUCGAUUCACGCCUCAGAUUCAGCCACAUUACGUGUACUCACCCCGUGAGCUCACUCGGUGGGUUCGUGGUCUUUACGAAGCUAUCAAGCCUCUUGAAACACUUUCUAUCGAGGGCCUUAUCCGCAUCUGGGCACAUGAGGCUUUGCGUCUAUUCCAAGACAGAUUGGUAGCCGAAGAUGAGAGAGCUUGGACCGCGGACGCCGUUCGCCGGAUCGCUUUGGAACAUUUCCCUACGAUCGAUGACCAAGAAGCCCUGAAGGGCCCUAUCCUAUUCUCGAACUGGCUAUCCAAGAACUAUGUACCAGUCGAGCAGGAGAGUCUUCGUGACUUUGUCAAGGCACGUCUCAGAACCUUCUGUGAGGAAGAGGUGGAUGUUCCUCUUGUGCUGUUUAAUGAUGUCUUGGAACAUGCCCUGCGCAUUGAUCGGGUCUUCCGCCAGCCUCAGGGCCAUCUCAUUCUUAUCGGUGUGAGCGGAAGUGGAAAGACAACCCUGUCUCGCUUUGUCGCUUGGAUGAAUGGUCUGAAGGUCUUCCAAAUCAAGGUGCACGGAAAGUACUCUUCGGAGGACUUUGAUGACGACCUUCGGAGCGUCCUCCGCCGCGCAGGGUGUAAGGGUGAAAAGAUUUGCUUCGUCAUGGACGAAUCUAACGUCCUUGAUUCUGGAUUCCUGGAACGUAUGAACACCCUGCUUGCAAACGCCGAAGUUCCCGGUCUCUUCGAGGGUGAUGAAUUCUCUUCACUGAUGACUGCUUGUAAAGAAGGUGCUCAGCGUCAAGGACUACUCCUUGAUUCGCAAGAGGAGCUUUACAAGUGGUUCACCCAGCAGAUUGUCAAGAAUCUGCACGUUGUGUUCACCAUGAAUCCCCCAGAGGAAGGUCUCUCUUCAAAGGCCGCCACCAGUCCCGCCUUGUUCAAUCGUUGUGUGCUUAAUUGGAUGGGUGACUGGUCCGACCAAGCCCUCUUCCAGGUUGGCUCCGAGCUCACUCAAUCGGUUGAUUUGGACAAACCAAACUUUGUUUCUCCUGAUAGUAUUCCAGUGGCCUACCGUGAGCUCUCUCUCCCCGCGUCGCAUAGGGACACUGUCAUCAAUUCCAUGGUCUAUAUCCACCACUCGUUGCAUCGCUUCAACGGGCGCCUCCAGAAGCAACAAGGCCGUGCAACUUUCCUCACUCCUCGCCAUUAUCUCGACUUCGUUGCACAAUACGUUAGUCUUUUCAAUGAGAAGCGAGAGGAUCUGGAGGAGCAACAGCGCCACUUGAACAUUGGUCUCGAAAAACUUCAUGAUACCGUCGACAAAGUUAGCGACCUUCGUGGCAGCCUUGCUCAGAAGAAAACACAGCUGGAGAAGAAAGACACGGAGGCGAAUGAGAAGCUGCAGCGCAUGGUCGCUGAUCAACAAGAGGCAGAACAGCGGAAACAAGUUUCUCUGGAAGUGCAGGCCGCAUUGAAGAUACAGAACGAGGAAGUGGCAACCCGGAGAGAGGUUGUUUUGAACGAUCUGGCCCGUGCAGAACCCGCAGUCGAAGAAGCCAUGAAGAGUGUCAGCAACAUCAAGCGUCAACAUCUCACCGAAGUUCGAUCUAUGGGUAAUCCCCCGGCCAGUGUGCGGCUUGCCCUUGAAGCAGUGUGCACCCUCCUUGGCCACACUGUUGAUAGUUGGAAGACCAUUCAAGGUCUCAUUCGUCGCGAUGAUUUCAUUGCCAGCAUUGUGAAUUACGAUAAUGCGUCCCAGAUGACACGCAAACACCGUGUUAAGAUGCAGAAUGAGUUCCUUUCGAAGGAAGACUUCACAUAUGAACGAGUUUUCCGUGCUAGCAAGGCUUGCGGACCUCUCGUUCAAUGGGUAGAAGCCCAGGUUAACUAUUCUACGAUUCUUGAUCGCAUUGGCCCGCUUCGUGAAGAGGUUGAUGAGCUCGAGGCAAAGGCCUUGCAAACUAAGGCGGAGGCACAGGCUAUUGAUAACACCAUCAAUGACCUAGAAAGCAGCAUAGCUACCUACAAAGCUGAAUAUGCCACCCUGAUCAGUGAGACGCAAGCAAUCAAGUCUGAGAUGACUCGGGUGCAAUUCAAGGUCGACCGCAGUGUUCGUUUGCUUGAUAGUCUGGCAUCAGAGCGUCAGCGCUGGGAGGAGGGCAGCAAGUCAUUCGAGACCCAAAUCAGCACCCUUGUUGGUGACGUUCUGAUUGCAGCAGCAUUCCUCGCGUAUGCUGGUCUCUAUGAUCAACAAUUCCGUAAAGCCAUGACGGAGGACUGGAUCCACCAGCUGGGAGCCUCUGGGAUCGACUUCAAGCCUCACAAUCCCAUAACGGAAUACCUUUCCAACGCCGAUGAGCGUUUGACCUGGCAAGAACAUUCUCUCCCUGUCGACGACCUUUGCACCGAGAAUGCUAUCAUCUUAAAGAAGUUCAACCGAUACCCACUUAUCGUCGACCCAUCAGGUCGGACAACAGAAUUCCUGCAGAAAGAAAGCAAGGAACGCAAGCUUACUGUCACAAGUUUCUUGGACGAUUCCUUUGUCAAGCAAUUGGAGAGUGCCUUGCGUUUCGGAAACCCCAUCCUCAUUCAGGAUGCUGAGCACUUGGACCCCAUUCUCAACCACGUUCUCAACAAGGAAUAUCAGAAAACCGGUGGCCGUGUUCUCAUCCAAUUGGGUAGACAAGAGAUUGACUUCUCGCCAUCCUUCAAGCUCUUCCUUUCAACUCGUGAUCCAUCUGCCUCGUUCCCGCCAGACAUCUGCAGUCGUACCACAUUUGUCAACUUUACGGUCACGCAGAGCAGUUUGCAGACACAGUCAUUGAAUGAUGUCUUGAAAUUCGAACGCCCCGAUGUUGACGAGCGUCGCAACAACCUCGUCAAAAUGCAAGGCGAGUUCAAGGUCCAUCUCAGGCAGCUCGAGAAGCGUCUUCUGCAGGCUCUAAACGAGUCUCGUGGCAAUAUCCUUGACGAUGACAAUGUCAUUGAAACCCUUGAGACGCUCAAGAAGGAAGCUGCCGAUAUCUCCAAGAAGAUGGACGAAACGGAAGGUGUUAUGGCUGAAGUGGACAACGUCACGCAAAAGUACAGCAUCAUUGCCCGAUCAUGCAGUGCGGUGUUUGCGGUGCUGGAGCAACUGCACCAUAUCAACCACUUCUAUCAAUUCUCUCUCCAGUACUUCGUUGAUAUCUUCAACUCUGUCCUAUACCAGAACAAACGCCUUGCACAAGAAAAGGAUCACUCGGCACGAGUCCAAAUCAUUAUUCGGGAUCUGUUCAUUAAUACCUACCAGCGAACCUCACUGGGUCUUAUUCAGAAAGAUCGAGUCACACUCGCCGUUUUGCUUGCCCAGGCUACGCCUUUCCCGAUGGACAGGACUCUUCUCGACCGUGUCUUGGACGAGGCAUUGAAGGGUUCAGAUCUGUCUACUGACAUCGAUUGCCGGGAUGAAGUGAUGGCAAGACUCGCAAAUAUGUCCAUCUUCAAGGAGUAUCUUCCGGGCAUCAAUCAAGAUCAAUGGGAUCGUUUCUUCAGCGAGGAGCUAGCAGAGAACGUUAUCCCGCCCAUGUGGGACGAGCAUGCCUCGGAACUUGACCAGCUCCUCCGGUCGUUGUUGCUUGUCAAGGUCUGUCGCAUGGAUAGAUUUGUGCCGGCUGCAGAGCGGUUCAUUGUCGCCGUAUUCGGUCGCGAGCUUUACGAAGGUGGUGCCGAUCUCAAACAUGUUGUGGAGCAAGUUACUGCAACUCGACCUAUUGCCCUUAGCUCAAGCCCCGGUUUCGAUGCCAGUUACAAGGUCGAUGCCUUGGUUGAGUCUACCCGUGCAACCUGUGCCAACAUCGCUAUGGGUUCGAACGAAGGUCUCGAGAGUGCAGACAAGGCCAUCAGCAACGCUGCCGCAGUUGGCAAUUGGGUCUUGGUCAAGAACGUCCAUCUGGCACCUGCUUGGCUUCAGAGCUUGGAGAAGCGACUGGAUUCGCUCAAACCACACCCUCAAUUCCGCCUUUUCCUGUCGAUGGAGUCUAGCCCUAAGAUUCCUGUCAAUUUGAUCCGAGCCUCGCGUGUAUUGAUGUACGAGCAACCUGCGGGUGUACGUGCCAACAUGAAAGAUUCGCUCUCCUCGCUGAAUGCCAGAGCAAGCAAAUCUCCUGUUGAAAAGGCCCGUGUCUAUCUUCUGCUCUGCUUCUUCCAUGCUGUGGUCCAGGAGCGGCUUCGCUACGCACCCAGUCUUGGAUGGAAGGGCUUCUGGGAAUUCAACGACAGUGAUUACGAAUGCUCAGCCUUCAUUAUUGAUCAUUGGGUCGAUGGUGUGGCUCAAGGUCGCUCCAACGUCGCACCACAGAAGAUUCCAUGGGAAAUGAUUCGCACCCUGGUCGCAGAAAUGUACGGAGGCAAGAUUGAUGAUGCGGAUGACUACCGGCAGCUUGAAAGCCUUGUCCACAGCUUCCUCACCCCUGCCGCAUUCGAAGAUGACUACAAGCUCGUCUCGGAUGUCGAGAACGACGAUCUACUCACCCUCCCCGGUACAACCAGCAUGCGUGACUUUGUAACCUGGGUCAACAAACUGCCCGAGCGUGAGCCUCCUACUUACCUCGGUCUCCCUGCGAAUGCCGAAAAGCUGUUGUUGGUCGGCCAUGGCCGCAAGAUGAUCUCUGAUCUGUCUCGAGUCACUACCCUCCUUGAUGAAGGUGAACAGUUGAUGGUGGAUAACUAA